AUGCUGCUCUGGCUGCCCGCGCUGACUCUCAGCCUGGUGCUGGAGGCCGCACAGGCCCGGACCCCAGCCCCGGCCCGGCCCCCCGUGAGGACUCACCGGCGGAGGCGGGAGGAGCCCAAGAGCCACAGCUACCAAAUUAACCAGACGGUGACCGCCCGCCAGCCCGCCCUCGUCUUCAACCACGUCUACAACAUCAACGUGCCUCUGGCGGCUCUGUGCUCGGUCACCACUGACACCUCAACCGGCCCCUCGCCGGCAGACACCGAGGACGCCUACUACGCGGCGGAGACCAAAGACCCCGACUCGGACAUCACCUUCACCCACCACAUCAACAUCCCACAUCGCGCCUGUGGCUGCCCGGACACCCCCAGCCUCCAGCACCUCCUCAUCCGCCUCCAACUCCUCGAGCAGGAGGUCUCCCAGCUCCGCCAGCACUGCGGCUCAGGCUGCUGUGGACCUAGCCAAGCCUCAGGUCAGACAGACUACAUGCCCCUGUGCAGUGGACACGGGAACUUCAGCCUGGACACGUGUGGUUGUACGUGCGAGGAUGGCUGGACGGGGAAGAACUGCUCUGAGCCCACAUGUGCGGGGCGGUGCUCACAGGGAGGUACGUGCGUGGACGGAGAGUGCGUGUGCGACAAUGAGCACACGGGCCCGGCGUGCAGCGAGACACGCUGUCCCAACGCCUGCAGUGCACACGGCAUUUGCGUGGACGGGGAGUGCGUGUGCGAGGAGCCGUACAAAGGCGAAGAUUGCGGGCGGCUCAAGUGCCCUAACCAGUGCUCAGGCCGCGGCUGGUGUGUGAACGACUCGUGUGUGUGUGAGGAGCGGUACACCGGGGAGGAUUGCAGGCAGCCACGCUGUGUGACAGACUGCGGGCAAUAUGGUCACUGUCAGCACGGGCUCUGUGUCUGUCAGGACGGCUACACCGGAGAAGACUGCUCCGCAGUUGUGCCCCCGAAGGCAGUGCGAGUGAGUGGAGUGACUGACCGCACCAUUGAGCUGGCGUGGGAGGGCCCCCUGGUGGUGAACGAGUACCUGAUCACCUACACGCCAGCGAUGGUGGGAGGGGUGCAGCUGGAGGUGCGGGUGCCGGGAGACUGGACGGCAGCCACCAUCACACAGCUGGAGCCGGGCAUGGAGUAUAAGCUGAACGUGUAUGCCGUGCUCAACAACAAGCUGAGCGUGCCUGUCAACGCCCGCGUCGCCACCCAUCUCUCGACCCCGGAGGGUCUUCGCUUUAAAUCCAUCACAGAGACGGCAGUGGAGGUGCAGUGGGAGCCCUUCCAGUUCCCCUUUGAUGGCUGGGAAAUCAGUUUUAUUCCGAAGAGUAAUGAGGGCGGGAUGAUAGCUCAGUUGCCGAGCAGUGUCACGGUGUUUAACCAGACGGGGCUGAAGGCGGGUGAGGAGUACACCGUCAGCCUGGUCGCACUGAAGGAGCAGAGCCGCAGCUCACCGGCCUCUGGGACCCUUGCCACCAUGAUUGAUGGGCCGAAUCAAGUGACGGUGAGGGAGGUAGCGGACACCUUUGCGUUUGUGGAAUGGUCUCCCCCGCGGGCGCACGUGGAGCACAUUGUGCUGACCUACGGUCCGGUCAGCGGCUCAAGCCCAGCGACCAGCCUGACGCUGCAGCCCUCCCUCAGCCAGUACUCCCUGCAGAGCCUGCGGCCCGGCACCACCUACCAGGUGUCAGUCAGCGGAGUCCGGGAGCACGGGCAGAGCAAACCCGUGUCCACCCUCUUCCAAACAGACAUUGAUGCUCCUAAGAACCUGCGUGUGGCUGUGCCAGGGGAUAGUGCGGUGCAGCUGGAGUGGGACAACAGUGAUGCCGCGGUGGAGAAGUACCGAGUGGUGUACAGCACGCUGGCCGGAGGCCAAUACCACGAGCUGCUCGUCCCCGAGAACUCCGGCCCCACCACACGGGUCACACUGACCGACCUGUUACCAGGCACUGAAUAUGGAAUCGGGAUCUCGGCCAUCAAAGACACGAGGCAGAGUGUGCCGGCCACCAUCAACGCCAGGACUGAGCUGGACAGUCCGCAGGGACUGAGUGUGACGGCGCUGAGCGAGACCAGUGUCUCUCUGAUGUGGACGGAGGUGCGGGGGCCUGUUGAUCAUUAUCGGGUCAGUUACAGCACAGCCUCAGGGCCGGGCUCCGAGCUGACCAUCCCCAGGGGCAGCUCCUUCCUCACCCUGGCAGACCUGGAGGCCGGCAGCACAUACAACAUCUCGGUGGUGGCCGAACGCGGCUGGCAGCAGAGUGCCCCCUCCACCAUCCAGGUCACCACAGGGUUCCAGCCGGUUGCCCAGCGGUUCUCUGACAUCACGGCAAACAGUGCGGGGGUCUCGUGGGCCGUCCCGGUGCCCCCCGCCGACCUCUACAUUCUCAAUUAUAAUCCCAAGGAGCACGGGGAGACGCUGCAGAUCACAGUGGAUGGCAACAGCACGCAGACCAGGCUGCGAGGGCUGCAGCCCUCUGUAGAGUAUAUAGUCAGUCUGGUGGCUGUCCAGGGAACCAUCACCUCUGAGCCAAUAGUGGGCUCGUUCAGCACAGCCAUCGAUCCCCCACGGGAGAUGUCUUUCUCGAACAUCACCGAGGACUCCAUCACCGUCAACUGGCUCCGGCCAGUUGCCCCUUUUGAUCAUUACCAGAUGCUGUACCAGCCCGCCGAGGGCCAGCAAGGCCGAGUGGAGAGUGUGGUGAUUGAGUCCUUCCUGACUGAGUACACUUUGAAUGAGCUGCAGCCAGCGACACUUUACCAGGUCAACCUCAACACCGUACGAGGGCUGGAGGAGAGUGCGCUGCUCACCAACACAGUGCAGACAGCCAUGGCCUCUCCUCUGGACCUGCGUGUGGUGAACAUCACUCCGAGCGGAGCUGAGCUGCAGUGGACGGCGCCCGAGGCCAGUGUGGACAGCUACGUGAUCGCGCUGACAGACGAGCAGGUGGGUGCUGAGGUGGUGCUGGCUGAUGGCAGCCAGACUGAGCAGCGACUGAAUGAGCUUCAGCCUCACACACGUUACCUGGUUACCAUGUACGCAGCCAAAGGUCCAAUGACCAGCGCCGUGAUCUCUACCAGCUUCCUCACCCCUGUUGAUCCCCCGGUGAACCUGACAGCCAGUGAAGUCACCAGGAAAAGUGCCCUGGUCUCGUGGCAGCCGCCCAGCGCUCGCAUCGAAAACUAUAUCCUAAUGUACAAGGCCGGCAGCGGCAACAGGAAGGAGCUGAUCCUGGAUGCUGAGGACACGUGGAUCAGACUGGAGGGCUUGCUGGAAACCACAGAGUACAGCCUGAGCCUGCAGGCUGCAGAUGGCAGUGAGAGGAGCACAGCCAUUGACACUGUCUUCACAACAGCCGGCCGCCUGUUUCCUUACCCCUGGGACUGCUCGCAGCACCUGCUGAAUGGAGAUACUGUCAGUGGCAUCUACACCGUCUACCUGGCCAGCCAGCCCCAGCAGCCACUACAGGUCUACUGUGACAUGACAACCGAUGGUGGAGGCUGGACCGUUUUCCAGAGGCGACAGAACGGCCUAACGGACUUUGCCCGGAAAUGGCUGGAUUAUCGGCUGGGGUUUGGGAAUCUGGAGGAUGAGUUCUGGCUGGGUCUGGACAAUCUGCACCGGAUCACGAUUCAGACACGCUAUGAGCUGCGUGUGGACCUGAGGGAUGGUGCUGCCACCGCCCACGCCGUGUACGAUCGCUUCUACAUCAGCGACGCCCGUGAUCGCUACAAACUGCGGCUCGGGGACUACAGCGGGACAGCCGGUGACUCUCUGUCCUAUCACCAGGGUAGACCAUUCUCCACCCGUGACAGAGACAACGAUGCCGCGGUCACUAACUGUGCCCUGUCCUAUAAGGGCGCCUGGUGGUACAAGAACUGUCACCGCGCAAACCUCAACGGCAAGUACGCCGAGAAUCGGCACAGCCAGGGGAUAAACUGGUACCACUGGAAAGGCCACGAGAAAUCGAUCCCGUUUGUGGAGAUGAAGAUACGCUCUGGGCUGACGGAGCCUCGGGGCCAGCGGGCAGUGCCCGGGUAGUGCUGUGCCCGUGGGGAGCCGCUGUCAGGGACACAGUAGUGAGAUAUUACCCUGCAAGCCACAGACCCACCUUUACAAGGUAAAUGGCUGUUGGAACAGCUUCCUUCCCCUCUAAUACUCCAAUGUCAUUCCCGACUGGAGCAAAUAACUCAACGUAUUAACCCCGCGUGGCCAGGUGCCGUGCUUGAACACAGCCAGUCACAAAGGACAUCGCCAGGUGGUGGAGCUGUGCCGUGGAAGCAAUCCAUCACAGCGUUUCCGGAGGAAGAGAGAAUAAACCCAAAACAGUCAUCAGUAAAGGUCAGCCCGGAACUUCACACAUCCCCUGACAGCGGCCUCCAGUGACCCUGAUAAUGUCCCCUCUUGGCAUGCCACGUCACAGGCCACCAUUGUAUUCAAUACUAAAUGAAAUGGCCAAGGUUCCUCCGACACUUGUAAACUAAACGGUCCCUUGGUCCUUUCUGCCGAUGCUAAACAAUCGACAUCUGAUUCAGCCAAAUUCCUGAACUCUAAAGUCUCUUUGGCUUCUAUAUGUAAGUUCACUUGCAAAGUUACCAUGUCUGCACUCCUAUUUGUUCCCUUUCACAUGUUGGUCAUUUUUGGGAUGUCAAUUUUUGUACCUUCUUAUCUGUGUAAUUUGUUUCCAUAAUGAUGUACGAGUUGCCCGGAUUUUGAUGCAGAUGCCAACUUUCUUACUUACUUGCCUUUGACUACCUCUCCGUCUCCAGCUAUAAUCAUCUUUAUUUGCCAUUUCUUAAUGUCAGCCAACAGAGGAGAGGCUUUGCCUGGCAUAUCCAACCCAGCGCAUCCUUCAGCUGAAAUGGGCUGUUUGAAAUGAUUUUCUGACAGAGUGGUGAGAAUGUGAAACUCACGCACUGGCAGAAGCUGGCAUUGAGGCAGAAAGCCUCUGAGAAUGGCAGUGACGGGAAGGUGGGGAGGGCGAUGCCAUAUAUAAGGGUGACCUAGUGAUCUCUCUUUCUCUUACAUUCUAUACUCACUUUCAUAUCUGACUCUCUAACUCUCACAUCUCUCCUCCUCCUCUCAGCCUCUCUCUCUUCUCUCACACUCUAUAACUCACAUUCUUUAAUAUCUGUCUCUCUGACACUCUCACCCUCACUUCUCCUCUCUCACACACUCUCUCUGUCUUUCGCUGGGCUGCAGUGAGGAUGGAGAGCAGGUUACUGAGGCCCACAGGGCUGUCUGGCCAGGGCUUUGCUGGAGUAUUGAGCAGGGGGGUGGUGAGAGGGAUUGUGUAAGAGGGGCCUCUCCAUGGGGCUAGGGACACAGGGAGUGUGGCUGUCACUGCUGAGGUUUUCUCCCCGUGCUAAUAAACCUGUGCUCUUGAA